AUGAAGCUCCUCACCUCCCUCACAACCACCCUCCUGGCCACCGCUGCCACAGCCUCCCCCCUCAUCUCCCGCGCCUCCUCCGACGAAGCCAUCACCACCAAGAAAUUCCACCUCAAGACCACCGCCAGCGACGCCUCCGCCCACAACAACCUCUACGUCUACGCCUACCACACGGGCGCAGGCCUCAACGACGCCGUGCUCAGCGCCAACGCAGACGACGCCAGCAAGGCGUUUGUCAACGGGACGAACGUGCAGUUUGACCUGGGGACGCCGUUUCCUUGGGGAGUGAAUAUGGUCGGGGCUACCAACUACGGCGCCUGGCAGCCCGUGCAAAUCAACACCGGUUACGGCACUUCCGGCUUCGAGCUGGACAAUGCGCAUUUGAAGUGGAGUGAGCAGAAUGGGUUUGGGGGAUGGUUGGUGUGCGACUGGGUUCACAACGCCCCUCAGCUGUUUUACCUGUAUGAGCCGAUUAAGGCGGAUGUGCCGUCGAGCUGCAGCAAGGUUGAGUUGCAGGCUGUUUAUCUGUAA